AUGGGCAGAAGAAGGUUCAAGAGGAAUUUGACAUAGACAUGGACGCUCCAGAGACAGAGCGGGCGGCUGUGGCGAUACAGUCCCAGUUCAGAAAAUUCCAGAAGAAAAAAGCGGGGUCCCAGUCUUAGUAGCUACCUCACAGCUUAAAACAAAGUAAUCCUGAAAUGAUUUAUCAAGAAAAUCAGAAAUAACACAGAGAUGCAUGUACAGAAGUUAUCGAUAUUUAAAACCCCAUUGGCAGAUAGCAAACCAUGAGCUUGUGUGUGACUUCGUCCCAGAUGUUUCACGCCCAUUAUCCUCUGUAACUCACCAUUUUACUUGAUGUUGUAAUAAAAAGUUAGGGUGAAGUAAUUAAA